AUGACCGCAGCUGCGCUAAUCUCCUCUGGUACGAUAUUGGCGUCGCCACCUCUUUCUCCGCUCUCAGACACCGAGCUGGCAGUCAUCCGAACCGAUGACCUGGGCAUGAUUGCUGAUGAUGAACGCGAACGAGAGAAGGUUCAAGCUGGGCUACCAACAAAAAUAUCCCAAAGGCGCAGAGGCGCUGGUGCACGUCGCAGGGUCACCUAUGUUUCCAGGCACUUCGUGAAGGAGCCCCGCAAAGAUGAGCAGCGGGAGGACAACUCCAUGGAGACAGAAAAGAUCACGAACAAGGGCUUCGACAGUGCAUUAGGUGCAGACUCUGAGGAUGUUUCAAUCAUUGCCACGCCACCAAAAACACCUGCCAAAAGCCGAGUAUAUUAUGGACUGAACGUGGAUGAGCUCUCUUCGGACUCAAGUCUCACAGACGUACCCGAUGAUAUUGGACCGGACCCAUUCUCUCCAGAGCCUAAGUCCUCUUUGGCCGGUCCUGGAGCCAGACAGCUCAAGACCAAGACCAAGACCAACAAGUCCCGGAGGUCAACAACGUCGCCCUACUUCCCGCAGGCGAACAAACAUCGACCUACAUUCCUAGCGACACUACCGUUCCCGCCUCUUUCCCACGACAAAUUCGGCUUGAUGCAAGAAAGAUUGGCUCAUGAUCCAUUUCGUCUUCUUAUCGCCACCAUCUUCUUGAAUAAAACGCCUGGGGAGCGUGCAAUGCCCGUCUUCUAUCAACUCAUGUCACAAUACCCUACACCGACCGACCUUGCCAACGCCGAAGUUAGCGACAUUACCUCGAUCAUCUAUGAGCUAGGUUUCCAGAACCAACGAGCGAGAAAAUGUGUAGCCAUGGCAAAGGUCUGGCUCGAAAGCCCACCUUCACGCGGAAAGCGGUAUAGAAAGCACAAUUAUCCGUUGAAGGGUGACGGACGAGAUGUCAAGCAAGAUGAAGUUGUCGACGACGAAGAUCAGCGCGUGGCAUGGGAGAUUUCUCAUCUGCCUGGACUCGGACCAUACUCUCAUGACAGUUGGCGCAUGUUUUGCCGGGAUCGGCUGAGAGGUGUUGCUAAGAGUUGGAAUGGCGAGGGAGCGGAUGACCCAGGAACAUUCGAACCAGAGUGGAAGAGGGUGGUUCCAUUGGAUAAGGAACUGCGCGCAUAUCUCACGUGGAUGUGGUUGAAGGAAGGCUGGGUUUGGAAUAAAGAGACCGGCAAGCGAACAAAGGCAAGUCCUGAACUUUUGUCGAUGGCAAAAGGAGGCGGGAUCGUGGUGGAAGAGAGGGACUCUGCUCAUCUGGUUAUCAAGAGCGUCCAGGAUGAAAAUGUCGAUGUCCUGAAAGAGAAGAGACAAGUAGAACGCACUGCGGGAGAAUACUUGCCUGUUAAUCCAAGUGGCGAGAGCUGA